GUUUCAUAUUUUGUUGAAAUUUAUGUAAACUUGAUCCUAUAGUUUGUUUAGAAAACUUUUAUUCUAGGUUAGAUAUUUUGCAUUUGAAUGUUUCAUUUAUAAGCAUGAAAAAUCGUAGUAGAAAUUUUUCUGUAUAAUUAUCGUUUCAUUACUCAGGGCAAAUCGCCACCACCCAGGAUUAGUUUUCACCUUAUUUGUUCGUUAUUUUUUAAUUUAAGUUUGAAUCUGAUUGAUUUUAUGUGUUUAGCGCAUUUUAAAUAUAUUUUCACGAAUUCCAAUUAUCAAACUUAGCUUAUCAGUUUUUUUCUGGCGAAUUGCAGUAUCAAUUUCAAUUAUUGUUAAAUUCCAUUUUUAUGUCAUCUUGACCAUACAAGCUUAAAGUAUUGGUAAUUUUAUUUCCUUCUUAAUUAUAUUUAGCUCAAUGCUCCCUGAGAAGUGCUGGGACUGAGAAAUAUGAAAUCUCGAUUACUUUAGUGCACCAAGGAAUAUUGCAAUUCUGACGAGAAUUCUACGCAUUGUUGUAUUGGGAAAAAGCACUUUAUGCACAUAAGGUUUCCUGAAACUGAAGUGAUAUCUUACAAAAGGAAAAAAGUCUGACUAAGCAAAACGAGAAAUUUUAGCGGCACAAAUGGGAUUUUAACAAGGCGUGUAAAUUAUAACCAAUGCCCUGUUAUCAUUUUGAAAAGAAAAUAAUCAAUAAAGUAAGAGGUAGAAUCAGUUUAUGAUAUUCGAGGAUUAAUGUAGGUAAGCCCUCCCUGUUUAGUUGAGACUUGAGAGGAUAUACUAUAUUACAUUUUGUGAGAGUAUCACUUAAUGAGAUAUUUGUUUUUUAAGCAACCAAGAUAUUAUUAAUGAGAAACUUGGUAUUAAAAAAAAUUCGUGGUGUUUGAGUUUCGAAAUUUCCCUUUGACAUAGACCAUUUUUGUUGUAUUUUGCAUUGUAAGCACAUAGUGUCUUUCUUUAAAUACAUUGCAUCUCUUCGCAAUAAAUACUUACAUUUUUCUUAAUCUUCUUUCAGAGAAUUUCUAGCUUUUAGUUUUAGUUUGUGUGUACGUAUGGGUGAGGAGUUUAUAGUGCCAGAAAAAAAAAAUUGGCUGUGAAGGAAAAGUUACAGCUCGAAAUGCUGAAUGUGAUGACAUUUCCGGGGAGUUAGUUUAGCGCAUGAGAUAAUUUGAUUCGUAUCUUUGUGUACAUUUCCCUGUCUUCUGCUUGAUAUCAAUUUAACUUUCUAAUCUUUUCUUCUGGCAGGAAAUUAGUUAAGUGAAGCUGAGAUGGCUGCCAGGGUAGAGGUGGACAUUGAUGAUGAUUUUUGUGAAAUUUAUAAGGCAUAUACUGGGCCUCUGGGAUCUAAUCCUAAUGCAACCAAUGCACAAGACAGAAUUACAACAAAAAAAAGAUCCAACUCUGGUUCAGAUGAGGAAGAGGAAGCCCGUGACCCUAAUGCUGUCCCAACAGAUUUUACUAGCCGAGAAGCUAAGGUUUGGGAAGCUAAAUCUAAAGCUACUGAGAGGAACUGGAAGAAAAGGAAAGAGGAGGAAAUGAUCUGUAAAUUAUGUGGAGAAUCAGGCCACUUUACUCAGGGUUGUCCUUCUACUCUUGGAGCGAAUCGCAAGUCUCAAGAUUAUUUUGAGCGGGUGCCUGCAAGAGAUCCUCAUGUGAAAGCAUUAUUCACUGAAAAGGUAGUAGAUGAGAUUGAAAAGGAUAUAGGAUGCAAAAUCAAAAUUGAAGAAAAAUUUAUCAUUGUCAGUGGCAAGGAUAGGUUGGUCUUGAAAAAAGGUGUUGAUGCUGUUCAUAAAGUUAAAAAAGAGGGUGAGCAUAAGCAUUCCUCAAGCUCCCCAAUCUCCAGGUCCUGGUCUCCUGAACGCAAGAGUCCUGUUAGCUCACGGUUGGUACGCUCUAAUUCCCAAAGAUCCAAUCCCAGUCCACAUAAUGCCUUGCAGGUCCCACAUAGAUAUGGAAGACAGGAGAAGGUUGUGGAAGACCGUGUUUGUGAAGAUCUGCGAAAAUUAUCGAGGGGCUCUCUGCAAGAAAGAGCUUAUGGUAAUGAUGGUGUUCGAGGUCGAUCAAGCCAUUCAAGGUCUCCAGCACUCCCCUCUUAUGUGGGAGACCCAUAUAAUUUGUAUGAUGGUCGCAGUCAAAGCAGAGGGGGCUACAGAUUCGAUGGAUUGGAUGCUGACAGACGUGGGUCUGACAUGCAAUCUUGCCAUAAGUUUGAAUACCCUGCAUUUCCCCAAACCUUUGAGGAAAUAGAAUCGGAUUAUAAAAGGGAAGCAAUGGAUCUUGUGAGAAUUCGAGACAAGGAAGAAGAUGAAGAAAUUCACAAGCAUCGUGAGGCUGUCAGAGAAAUUAGGGAGUGUUACAUGAAGAAAUUGGCAAUGCUUAGGGGUGCACAGGCAAAACAGUGGGAAGAGUUUCUUCAAGCUAACAUCCAGAGGAGACAACAUGCACACCAGCAUAUUUCAGCUUCUGGGUUUAGUGAUUAUAAACAACCUAGUUAUCCAGAGUACGAUAAUUCUUCAGGCAAUGCUAACUAUUCCGGUCCUGGAACCAAUGUGCCGAUCGAGUCAACGGGAAAGUACCCAAAUUCUAUGGAAAAUUAUCCUUCAAGACCUCACGUCACUUACAGUGACUUUGAGCAUAAAAGGGGCGAUGAAUUUGGGAAAUCCUAUAACCGAUACUAAAUUGAUAGAUGGAAAUCGACUAUGGAUCGAAAUGUUGCUUGGGUAGAAGUAUUGCAUAGGGGACCUUCAAUUUUGGUAAGUAUGUUAAAUGUGUUCUCAGCUCCACUAGAAGGCGCUAGUAUUCGAAUGGUAAGAAUGUGGUUUGUUGCUGUUUCAUCUAGACUUUGAAACAUCGUUGUUGUAAUCUAAGAAGUGAAAUUUGGUUUGGCAUUGUCAAGUACUAUGUUUUCAAGUUUUGGUAUGUGUUAUGGAACUGGUUUUAGCAAGAUUUUUGUUUAUGAUCCAAGUUAAAAUUUUAACGUCGGUUUCAUUUUUACCGGGAAAAUGAAGGUUUUCAUUCUUAGUUUGGAAUUCA